AUGCCCUCCAACUCGUCACGUUCCUCUACCCAUCGAGGAAAGCACAGAAAGUCCUCUUCGUCCUCAUCCUCAUCUUUAUCUCACAAGCACUCCUCGAAGUCUUCAACUAAGCCUAGCAAUACCGUUGUCAAGGCUCCAGAGCAAGACAUCUACCACCAAGAGAACACGUCUUUGUGGCAAGAUGUCAAGGCCACCGAGGGUAACCCUAGCACACUCGUCCUUGCUCUUGUGGCUCCCGAGCAGCGCAAGGCUAUGAGAAAGCUUAUUGAUGAUAAGGUCAAGAAGAAGAAAAUUCGAUCAUCUGUCGUAGUCACUACCCAAGACCAACUCCAAGAGCAUCUCGGAAGCGCUAUGACCAACAGCAUUGUCGCCAAGAAAGCGAUCAAGACUUUACAUCUUCUUGUGAGCUCUACAGUCGCUGAGUUGACAUACAACAUCGAAGGCUUUGUCGACAAAGUCUUCAUCAGGCCUUGCGGAGCUGGCGGUCGACCAGAUGCACUUCGGAUUGGAACUUCUUCAACCUACUGUGGUUUCAAAACCUUCAUGUGGGACGCUCGCCCUUCCCAGCUCCAGCAGAGUAACAAGGAGUUGACUCACCUCGAGGGGUGCAACUUUGACCUCAGUGACUGUUCGCAGGAAGACCUUCAGAUUCUCCAGCAACCCAGAGAGUCUCCUAGUCUUUCCCAUGAGGACAAAUACAAUACCAUGCAGAGAGUCCAAGAGCUGAAAGACAUAGAAGUCAGUGAGAAGUCCGGAAACUCAUCUAGUAGCUGCGCUGAUGGCACAGAAUUGUGGUUCCAGAAGUGGAAGAGCUUUUUAGCUACAGCCAUGGCUGCUGGUGUUGGUGCAGGCGCAGCUGGCAUGACCGGCGGCUUCUGGAUGAGUGCUGGUGGUAUCUCGGUCAAAGGCCCUUUCGGAUUCUCUAUGGCCGCUGGGUAUGCUACAGCAGGUGGCUUUGGAGCAGUUGGUGCUGCUGGAGUCGGCUCGGCAGUUGCCGCUUACGGCAUGGUAUACUUUAUUCCCUGGGAUCGUGUUUGGGAUAUCCUUCGAGCCAAACUCUGGCAGAUUUGGGAUAAAAUCUGGGGAGUUCUUCUCUGGAUCAAGGACAAGCUGGCCGAGUUGGCAAGUACUGUUCUUACUAAAGUGUCGUUGGUUGUUCAGGGUGCUCCAAAGCCUGCUCGGCUUUCGAUGUGA